UUCCAUACAGGAAGCUGGAUUCCUCCCUACCUAGCUGUCAACAAAGGGCACAACUGUCAGAAUCACACAAUUCCUGGGAAAAAGUCGGCGCUGUGGCCGGCUGUGGGUCAUCGGUCUAACUCGUAUUUGUGCGCACCGCUCGGCCAAGUGCGAUCAUGGCGACGACCGCUCAGCUGUUCGAGGAGCCGUUUGAUGCAGACGAAUACAUAGAGAGGCUGGCCUGGAGAACGCCUGGCGGAGGCUCAAAGGGCGGGGCGGAGGCGUUUGACCCCAAAAGGCUGCUGGAGGAGUUUGAGAACCACAUCGAGGAGCUGAAGCAGCUGGACGAGAAGCUCCAGCGGCGGGUGGAGAAGCUGGAGCACCAGUGCCACCGCGAGGCCAAAGAGUUUGCACACAAAGUCCAGGACCUGCAGCGGAGUAACCAGGUGGCCUUCCAGCACUUCCAGGAGCUGGACGAGCACAUCAGCUACGUGGCCACCAAGGUGUGUCACCUUGGUGACCAGCUGGAGGGGGUGAACACCCCCCGCCAGCGGGCGGUGGAGGCACAGCGCCUCAUGACCUACUUCAACGAGUUUCUGGACGGAGAGCUGCGCAGUGACGUCUUCCACAACCCGGAGAAGAUUAAGGAGGCGGCUGAUAUCAUUCAGAAGCUGCACCUCAUUGCCCAGGAGCUGCCGUUUGACAGAUUUGCAGAUGUCAAGGCAAAGAUCGCCAGUAAGUACCAUGACCUGGAGCGCCAGUUGAUCCAGGAGUUCACUGCGGCUCAGAGGAGGGGGGAAAUCGGACGCAUGCGUGAGGUAGCAGCGGUCCUGCUACAUUUCAAGGGAUAUGCACACUGCGUGGACGUGUACAUCAAGCAAUGCCAGGAGGGAGCCUACCUGAGGAACGAUGUGUUUGAGGACACUGGGACCCUCUGCCAGAGAGUAAACAAGCAGGUCGGGGAGGUGUUCAGCAGCCCGGAGGCUGUCAUGGCCAAACUCAUCCAGAACAUCUUUGAGAACAAAUUACAGGCCCACGUGAAGGAGAAGCUGGACGGGACCAGACACUCGGACGCGGAGCAGUACCUGAAGAACCUCUAUGACCUUUACAGCAGGACGACUGCAUUGGCAGCCAAGCUGACUGAGUUCAACCUAGGCUCAGACAAGCACACGUUCCUGUCCAAGCUUAUCAAAAACAUCUUCUCCUGCUACCUGGAAAGCUACAUCGACAUGGAAAAAGACUACCUUCGCAACCGCAGCGCCAUGAUCCUCCAGCGCUACUACGACUCCAAGAACCACCAGAAACGGCCCAUCGGCGGCGGCAGCAUCCAGGAGCUGAAGGAGAGGAUCCGGCAGCGCACCAACCUGCCCCUGGGCCCCAGCAUCGACACCCACGGGGAGACCUUCCUCUCUCAGGAGGUGGUGGUCAACCUGCUGCAGGAGACGCGGCACGCCUUCGAGAGGUGCAACCGGCUGUCAGAUCCCUCUGACCUGCCCAAGAACGCCUUCUCCAUCUUCCUGCUGCUGGUGGAGCACCUGUGUGUCGAUCACAUCGACUACGCUCUGGAGAUCGGCCUGUCGGCGAUCCCCUCAGCGGAUGCCAAGAACGCCAACCUGUACUUCCUGGACGUGGUGCAGCAAGCCAACACCAUCUUCCACCUGUUUGACAAGCAGUUCAACGACCACCUCAUGCCUCUCAUAAGCUCUUCUCCUAAGCUGACAGAAUGUCUGCAUAAGAAGAAAGAGACGAUCGAACAGAUGGAAGUCAAACUGGACACGGGCAUAGACAGGACGCUGAACUGCAUGGUGGGCCAGAUGAAGCACAUCCUGGCCACAGAGCAGAAGAAGACCGACUUCAGGCCGGAGGACGAGAACAACGUCAUGAUCCAGUACACCACUGCGUGCUCCAAGGUGUGUGCGUACGUGAGCCGGCAGGUGGACCGCGUGCGCAAGUCGAUGGACGGCAAGAACGUGGACACGGUGCUGAUGGAGCUGGGCGUGCGCUUCCACCGCCUCAUCCACGAGCACCUGCAGCAGUACGGCUACAGCUCCAUGGGAGGCAUGCUGGCCAUCUGCGACGUGGCCGAGUACCGGCGCUGCGCCAAGGACUUCAGGGUGCCCCUGGUGCUGCAGCUCUUUGACACGCUCCACGCCCUGUGCAACCUGCUGGUGGUCGCCCCCGACAACCUGAAGCAGGUGUGCUCCGGCGAGCAGCUGACGAACCUGGACCGGAACCUGCUGCACGCCUUCGUUCAGCUGCGGGUGGACUACCGGCCCUCGCGACUGGGCCGCCACUUCAGCUAGUGGCCGAGUUCCAGCGUGUCGCCAUCGAGACUUCCGUCCAAUCGCAUUAAAGCCCCACCCCCUUCCUGGCUCCAUUCUCCCACACACAACACACCCCCCCCCCCCCCUCGCCCCUACCUUCAGACCGGCAUCCAGGACCUUCACCUCUUCGAUCGGGGAUAUGUGCAUUUAGGGUUGAUUGCCCCGUUCCCUCUCCCGCCACCCUGAAUACGUUUCAACUGUCAUUUGACUGAUAUUUCCUUUGUUUUUAGAUGCUAAUUCAAUUCUAAACAAAGCUGUGGCAAUUUUGUUUUGUUAUAAUUGUGCCAAAUAUAGUUCUGUGGCUGCCCUCACUUAAAGGACCGUGUGGCCGCUGUCGUACAAAAGGGAAAGGCUAGACUCCAGCGUGCUGCACUGGGAACCACCAGCACCUUGUGAAGAAAGAACAGACACGCACACAAACCUCCCCCCCCCCCCACCCAUAAGCACACGAGAGACACAUGACCGCCCUCCCUAAACCUUGACCCCUGACCCCCCCUCGCAGAGACAGAGGUCAGGAGGUCAUCACAGAGAAGUGUGAUUUUGGUCGGGGUGGAGGGUGCUGAGCGGGUCUGUGGGAACCUCCUGGGAGAACCGGGUGGAACCCACCUCAGUACGAGACCACGGGGUCACGGGGUCAACGAAGGGGGGGGCGCGGGGAUACGUGUCAAUGUAAUUGCGCAGGUCAACACCUGCUUGUCCAGCAGCGCUGCGCCGGGUAUGGACGGGAUCAGCGUAGACUCCGGGUCAGGGCACAGCGCCGAGGUCGCCCUGCGCUGAUGAGGGGAACACCAUGUUAAGUGGACUUCUUCACACAGGGCUUACCGGGGGGUUCAAUGUCAACAGUCUUCUGCAUCAUCCCGCCUGAUCCCUGAAAUUGUUGAGCUAAGCUAAGCUGUUCCCAGUAUACUGCUGCUUACCUUUUAAUCAAUGACUUAUUAAACAAAACAAACAAU